AUGCGCCCUCGGGAUCUUUGCACCGCGGCUUUCUACGAUGACGUGCAGCGCAUGAAACAACUUGUACGCGCCGCUCUCGCGGGUGAAGACGAGGAGGAAGAAGAGGCGAUGAUGGAUAACGACGAAGACGAGGAGAUGGAGGAGGAACAGCUUUCUAUACGCCGGCUGGAACGUGCACAGAAGCGACGGGCGGCGGUUGCAUCCCUACUUGGCAGCCCUGGACUUCUCCGCGUUAUCGAAACAGGGGAGGAAUUUGGAUUGAUGUUCCGCGUGGACGAAGUGUGCGAGAAUGAGGGCAGCUGUGGCUUGAAGCCACAGUUUAAACUGACCCGACGAAGUCGAUAUCCAGCUCUGCCGCUGCAUUGGGCCGCACUCGGUCGCUCGCACCGUGCGUUGGAGUUUCUCGUCUCAAGCGGGGUAGAUGUGCAGCAGGAGGUUCCCGACUUCCCUAAAGUUACCGCGGCCGUGAUUUGUGCAUGCAACAUGUCCUUUGAGACGGCACGGCGGAUAGAAAAGGCGGUGGAGGCGCAACGGCAGCGGCUUCAAAACGAGGAACAGCAGCAUCGCAAGUGGGUAGAGACGCUGGAGGAAAAGAAGCGAGAGCGGGAGCGAUUGGCGGCGCUCGAGGAGGAGGAAGAGCGCGCGGAGGAAGAGGAGGCGAAUGACGCCGCAGAAGACGACAACGACGACGACGAUGAAGAGGACGACCCGGAGGCGGCUGCGUAG